UUGUACCACGAAGUACUUUAUUUGUACUUAACGAUCACAAACAAAAACAACACAAAUUGAUAUCAACCAAGUUUGAUGAUAUCGUAGCUGGAGUGCGAUAGCAUGGCCACAGUGUGUGUACAGUAUUAGUAGGCAUCCGUAAUUGCACAAUCUUAUAUUGAUAUGAAUACUCUACUCUUAUAUAAUUAAAUAAUUAACGUAAUUUUAUGCAAAGAGCAACUAAUCACCUAGUUUUCUACCGUAGAGUCUAGCUAGUCGAGUAUUCGUCUUCAGAGCGAGCGGGUGUCAGUCUGGGCAGAUUCCAACAUGCGAUGCCUGCCCUACAACCUACACGGCGUACGGGCGGUGCAGCUGGAACUCUCACCUGGACUGUGACCGCCAGCUCCUACAAUGCCUCUUGUCUCGUCUUCCAACUUCUAGUCAAUGCGCUUCUCCUAUCUCUACGCUACAAUUCAAGUGAAGGUGCGGCUCCUGUUUUCACGCAGAGCGUUUGGCGAGGAAACGCAUUCGAAGACGCAGCCGUUGGGACGUCGGUGCUUCGUAUCGAAGCAACAGAUGCGGACGGAGACACGGUGGACUACAGCAUGUGGGGAGGACAAAAUCACAAUCAUUUCUCGGUCGCGUAUUCAACCGGAGUCAUUUCGAUUUCUCGACCACUCGACAGGGAGGCGAUACCGAGUUACUCCUUGACCGUCAGCGCAUCGGAUUUUGUACACUUUGUACAAGCCUCGGUUAUUAUUACAGUACAAGACGUCAACGACAACUCACCGUCUUGUGAUUUUGCUACUAUUUUGGUGACUCUCUCUGAAGCGGCGAAAUUUGGAACGCGCGUUACGUCAGUCAACUGUACCGACGCCGACUCGGGAUUGAACGGUCAGUUAUCAUACCGCAUUAGUAGUGGAAACGCGCACGACGUCUUCACAAUACACAACGCGUCGGGAAUCGUAGAGACUGCAAAAACGCUAGAUUACGAACUCACUACACUACACCGGUUGGUUGUUACCGUUACGGACAUGGCACCCACUACGUCUCUUCAAACGAACGUCACUCUGUUAAUACCAAUUAGACCUGUCAACGAGUAUACACCGGUAUUUCGUUCUUCUUUUUACGAAACAUCAGUGCGGACUGAUUUACAGCAAGGUUCAAAUGUAUUACAAGUCAGCGCUUACGAUUUAGACGAAGGACCCGGAGGUGCGGUCACAUACACGCUGAUGAACAAUAUUUCACAUUUUACGGUCAAUAACUCGUCGGGGAAUGUAACUUCUUUCAGCGCUUUGCGUUAUGACUGUCUUGUAUCUCAAAACAACGUGUUUCGUCUUGUGGUAAAAGCGGAAGAUGACGGCAAUCCAUCGAAAUCAUCGCUGGCAAACGUCACGGUCACUGUAACACAGUCAAACGACUAUGCGCCGGUGUGUAGUCCUGUAGCGUACGCUACGUCGGUACCAGAAUCGCUACAGCUAAACUCAAUCAUUCUCACUCUAAUGUGUUCUGAUCGUGAUGGUGGUGCAUUGAUGUAUGAGAUCAAAGACGGAGAUUCACUUAAUGUAUUCAACCUAUCAGAAUCGGGAGAGCUCAUCACUGAGAAGCCACUCGACUACGAGAAAAACGAUUCGUACGACUUGUUGAUAUCAGUGACAGAAAGGUGCGUCUCCACUGCAAAGAGCACCACCGCAUCGGUCACAGUUCAAGUAACUGGAGUGAAUGAAUACCGACCAUCGUUUAGCGCGCGCGAGUACAACGUGAGUGUUAGAGAAGACACCACAGUCGGCACUGCGAUACUCCGUCUCAACGCUACAGACGAGGAUAGAGGUAACGACGGUGUGAUCAACUAUUGGAUCGGUCAGCGGACUCCUACGUCUACAGCCUUUCUCGUCGAUCGCAUAUCGGGCAUGUUGAUUCUCGCCCGCAGUUUGGAUCGCGAGACAAGCGACGUGCAUCUAUUGAUGGUCGAGGUAACCGACAGUAGCCGAGCAUCCGAUCGCAUGACCGGCUCGGCUGUCGUCAACAUUGCCGUCGACGACGUCAACGACAACUCACCGUCUUGUGAUUUUGCUACUAUUUUGGUGACUCUCUCUGAAGCGGCAGAAGUGGGAACGCGCGUUACGUCAGUCAACUGUACCGACGCCGACUCGGGACCGAACGGUCAGUUAUCAUACCGCAUUAGUAGUGGAAACGCGCACGACGCCUUCACAAUACACAACGCGUCGGGAAUCGUAGAGACUGCAAAAACGCUAGACUACGAACUCACUACACUACACCGGCUGGUUGUUACCGUUACGGACAUGGCACCCACUACGUCUCUUCAAACGAACGUCACUCUGUUAAUACCAAUUAGACCUGUCAACGAGUAUACACCGGUAUUUCGUUCUUCUUUUUACGAAACAUCAGUGCGGACUGAUUUACAGCAAGGGUCUAAUGUACUACAAGUCAGCGCUUACGAUUUAGACGAAGGACCCGGAGGUGCGGUCACAUACACGCUGAUGGACAAUAUUUCACAUUUUACGGUCAAUAAGUCAUCGGGAAAUGUAACUUUGUUACGUGCUUUGCGUUAUAACUGCCUUGUAUCUCAAAACAACGUGUUUCGUUUUGUGGUAAAAGCGGAAGAUGACGGAAAUCCAUCGAAAUCGUCGCUGGCAAACGUCACGGUCACUGUAACAAAGUCAAACGACUAUGCGCCGGUGUGUAGUCCUGUAGCGUACGCUACGUCGGUACCAGAAUCGCUACAGCCAAACUCGACAGUCCUAACUCUAAUUUGUUCUGAUCGGGAUGGCGAUGCAUUGAUGUAUGAGAUCAGAGAUGGAGAUACGCUUGAUGUAUUCAAUAUAACAGAAUCGGGAGAGCUCGUCACUGAGAAGACACUCGACUACGAGAAAAACGAUUCGUACGACUUGUUGAUAUCAGUGACAGAAAAAUGCGUUUCGACUCCAAAGAGCGUCACCGCGUCGGUCACAGUCCAAGUGACCGGAGUGAAUGAACACCCGCCGUCGUUUAGCGCGCGCGAGUACAACGUGAGUGUUAGGGAAGACACCACAGUCGGCACUGCGAUACUCCGUCUCAACGCUACAGACGAGGAUAGAGGUAACGACGGUGUGAUCAACUAUUGGAUCGGUCAGCGGACUCCUACGUCGACAGCCUUUCUCGUCGAUCGCAUAUCGGGCAUGUUGAUUCUCGCCCGCAGUUUGGAUCGCGAGACAAGCGACGUGCAUCUAUUGAUAGUCGAGGCAACCGACAGUAGCCGAGCAACCGAUCGCAUGACCGGCUCGACUGUCGUUAACAUUGCCGUCGACGACGUCAACGACAACACUCCCGUCUGCCGUCAGUCCGUAGUCGUGACGACGGUCGACGAUUCGGCGCCGGUCGGCGCCGCCGUCGCCCGCCUGUCGUGCAGCGACUCCGACACCGAAGCGCGCGGUCGGCUGUCGUAUAAAAUCGACGACAGCGCCGCGACGGAUCUCUUCACGGUGACACUCGAGGGAGACAUCAAGACAAAACGUUCUCUUGCUCGUCCAUUGCUUUCUUCCUUGUUUUCAUUUGUCGUCAUUGUGUCCGAUCACGGAGAUCCUCGACUCGUCAGUAACGUAUCGGUAGUUGUUCACGUGACGAGAACAAAACCCUACACGUCGUCUCCCGUUUUUCAUUCGUCUAACUAUAUUACUUCAUUGUAUGAAAACGCCACAAUCGGUACCACGGUCACUACCGUCUAUGCCGUCGGUAACGCAACGUCGGCAUCCGCAAAGUGUGUAUACUCUGUCGUUCGUAGCGACGCGGACACGGUACUGGCAGUCGAUCCGAUGUCGGGAGACGUCGUGCUGACAAACACUCUGGACAGAGAGACAAAGGAUUCGUACACGUUAGUAGUCGAAGUCGGUGCGACGAACAAUCGAGGUCGGAAAGUCGCGGGAAGGACCGACAUCGCGACGGUCACGGUCAACGUGGCGGACGUGAACGACAACGCGCCGUCGUGCGGCAAACUAGUCGUCACCGUCGACGUUCCAGAAGACGCUCCUCUCUAUACGACAAUCGCACAGCUAGACUGCGUCGACGCCGACGAGGGAAAAAACGGCGACCUGACAUAUGAAAUAAUCGAUUCUCGGAAUGAAAAAAAUUUCCCAAUUUUUGUGACGUCCGAUGGCGAUAUUCAUAUCAAUGAGACUUUGGAUUACGAGUCGAUCCAGUCGUAUUCAUUUACGAUUUCGGUGUGUGACGACGGAAUGCCUUCCAAUCAGAUCAACGUGUCGGUGGUAAUCGUCGUCGAUGCUAUCAACGAGUCUCCGCCUGCGUUUCAGUCUGCGCUCAAUAUCUCGGUCGACGAAGAUGCAUACGUCGGUACCGUAAUCGCACACAUUCGAGCAACCGAUUCGGACAAGGGAACCGACGGUCAGAUAACGUAUACGAUAACAAGCCAUUCAAAUUCAAUACCUUUUAGUAUUGAGCAAAAUACCGGACGCGUACUCUUGAUACAAACACUAGACAGAGAGACGGUGGAAAUCUAUGACGUAACCGUGACUGCAAUGGAUGGUGGUAAUCCACCCGGAGUGGCACACACGUCGAUGCGGCUGACGGUUUUGGAUGCGAAUGAUAAUAGUCCGACGUGUCGACGAGCGACGGUCAUCAUUUCGUUGUCGGAAGUCAAAAAUGGUAGUGAAGCGGCACGAUUAAAAUGCAGUGACCCGGAUGAAGGAAAAGACGGGCAACUGUUGUAUACUAUUACCACAACGCGAGACGGUAUUCCAUUUAGCAUUGACCAGCACGGACUAAUACACGUCACGAACAAGACUACAGACAACGGAUUCGGUGUCUACACCUUUUUGGUCGACGUCUCGGACCGUGGAGCUCUUCAACGGACGACGACGGUUACGGUCAUCGUUUCUACGACCGGUACGCGCAACGAACACACUCCAUGGUCAUAUCCGUAUUUCGAGCGGCUGGUGAGUUCCGUCAGUAUCGCAGAAAACAUAACAAUAGGAAGCAUUCUCAUCAGUCUCAACUGCACGGUACCGUCGGGAAACGCUCCUACACUCAAUAUCACCGCGGGCGACGAAAGUCGUCGUUUUGCAGCGACUUCUUCGUCUGGAGACGUGAAAGUUGCUCGUGCAAUCGACUACGAAGCGUCCGUUCGGUAUCUACUGACCGUCGCUUGCUAUGACUCGGCAGACAAAUCCAAGUUUGUCUCAUCCCUGAUUGAUAUCAAAGUCAACGACGUCAACGAGUUUAUACCAACGUUCAGUCAAAAUCAAAUGACAGCGUCGGUGCUCGAAGAUGCAAAAGCCGGCACGUCUAUAUUGACAGUGAGCGCGAAAGAUGAAGACGGCGAUGCGAGUAUACAAUAUUCUAUCGAGCGAGCUGAGCCGGAUAAUCAUCCCUUCAUUUUGGACGCCUUAAACGGUCGAAUCACUCUGUUAGGUCGACUCGACCGCGAGGAGGUGAGCGCCUACGACUUGAACGUGUCCGCAUCGGACUCCGUUUACACUGUGUAUGCGAUGGUUCGCAUUAAGGUCACUGACAGCAACGAUAAUGCGCCGCAAUGCCGUUCGUUACUGCACGUGGUAUCGCUGAAUCGUAUGCAGACGGUGAACACGGUUGUGGAUCGAUUGAAUUGUAGUGAUAGAGACGCGGGUGCAAACGGUUUCUUGUCGUAUGAAUUAAGAGGCGAGUGGAGUCAUGUGUUUACAAUCAAUCGGACGAACGGAGAAUUGAAGCUCAUGCAGCAAAUAUCAAGCGCCGAGAAAGUGAGUGAAACAAGACUGACGGUAUUAGUUUCCGACCAUGGAAGCCCGCGUUCUCUUAACGAGACUGUCGAGGUUGUCGUAAAUUUUUUAGAGACGAACAACUACGCGCCGGAAUUUCCGACGCCCGCGCUGCUUGUUUUUAACGUGAACGAGUCCGAAAGAUUGGGAUACCGUGUGGGACGAAUUAUUGCGCACGAUCGAGAUGGAAACUCAAAUAUUCAGUAUAGAAUUUUAAGAGCGGCAAGAAGUGCGCCAUUUUUUCUCGACCGAUCGACGGGAAAUUUGUAUCUAAUACACCGACUUGAUCGCGAGAUGGUCGAUUCGUAUGUGUUAACGAUCGAAGCGGUUGACGGCGGAUUUCCAAUCGGCAAGACGUCAACGACUAACGUUACAGUGAACGUGCGAGAUAUCAACGACAACGCACCGUCGUGCAGUCCGUCCGUCUACGGAAACGUUGUAAGUCGGGAAACUUCGAGUGGAACGAUUCUAGCCAAAUUGAAUUGUUCGGAUGUCGAUCUGGGAGCGAAUGGUGUUGUUCAAUACAGAAUGCUGUCGGACAUUAAUAAUUUCUAUGUGAAUUCAUCGGGUUACGUCAUUCUGAGAGACACUCGACUGGAUGACUCUCGGUCGGAGCUACUGCAGUUGCCUAUCGCAGUGAGCGACAAAGGAACGGUCAGUCUGAGUACAAGCGUCGUUGUAGUUCUGCGAGUGCUUGAAGAAGAUCGGCACGGUCACGACAAAACGUCGUCGGAACCGAGUCUCGUAAAACCCGCGGACAAAAUCGAGUCCGAAUGGGUGACGAAUUCUGUUGAAGUGCAGUUCGUUGACUACGACUGGAAGCAGUGGAUAACGAGCGGUCGAUCAAUUGCAAAGGCUCUAUUUGCUCUUGCUGCCACGGUGUACUGCAGUGAAAGUUCUCGACUCUGUUUCGUGAUGAAACCAACAAGCAACAAGCAACAAAACGACGAACUCGUGGUCUUCAAAGAUUCGCACGUGAUUAUCGUACAGGCCAAGGAAAUAAAGAUAUCAGGUCGUCACCAGCUGGUCGUCUCUCUCUACAUCUCCCUACCAGACGACGUUCAAGCGGUACCGGGUACCCCAACAACGACGGUAGUCCAGCAAGCGACCGCAAAAAACAUCAUAGACUACGCCAAGUCUUCUCUACAGGCCAGGAAGCUCACGAUAGGCGACGUCAGGACUGCGUCGUUUGUCUUCUCAACCGAGCCGGCUUCUGAAAUGACUGACGAGAUGACGUCAAAUUUCGCCGGAUGGGAGAUAAAGGCAAUUAGCUGUGUGCCUCCAGGUCUAAUGCUUAUUCUAGCUGUCACUCUCCUGGCAAGUUUCUGGCAUCGACGACAUCGCAGGAGAAAGCUUACUCCACUCCAGUUGGUAUCUUCAGACAUUCAGCGACGAAGUAAGAAGCCAGCAAGAAUCGGUAAUACAAACAAUUCGCCAGCGAUUACUGGACGGAAUCCAAGUUCAACUCGGCAAGAGAAAAAUAUCCUUGGGGUACCGCAAAGAGCAGCCGAAACGGAGACACGAGACAACGUAUCAUCAACGAUAUCGCUACCCGGGAGUUCAUGCAGUUGCUUGUCAUCUUCUUGGGCUGACUCGACUAUCGAUAUCCUGCCUGGAGCACUACCAAGCUCAGAUGACGAGCAAAUGGACUCUGGAAUACAGACGGAAAUACACGUACCGACGAGAUCGACAAACGAAGCUACCGACCUCAUUAAUAUUGACAGAAACAGUCAUUCGAUUCGCCGGUCACGAAUCCUUCAGACGUUGAACACAAGCUAGAGAAACAUAUCGGUAGGACUCGCGUAGAAAACGACGUCUACCGAACUCGAUAUGACGUCAAACUCGAAAACGAAUGUUUGCGGGAAGCGACGACUACAUGCAGCGAUGCCUUGCAUGAAAUUACAA